AUGCAGAUACAGUGGAGCAUUAUCUGGAGUGUGAAUUUGCUUUGCAGGCUAGUAACGCUAACGGUAUUUUUUGUGCCGCUUGGAAUGUUUUUACCGGUUGCAUAUUUCUGGAGCACAUUCCGAGAAUACUGGUGGAGGUGCGCGAUUUGGCUGGUACAGAGAAGUGGUCCAACUUUCAUCAAACUGGGUCAGUGGGCAAGCACACGUCGUGAUAUCUUUUCCAAGGAAUUUUGUGACAGAAUGUCUAUUCUGCAUACAAAAACGACAUUUCGACAGUGGAAUCUUUCGCAGUUUGCACUGGACGACUUGUUUGGUGACAGGCGGUGGCAGAAGUUCAUUGUAUCUGUACAGUCUGAUCCUGUUGGUUCGGGAUGUAUCGCUCAGGUUUAUAAAGGUGUAGUUGAUGUGCAUAAAUUCGAAGAGAUCACUGGGAUCGAUGUGCCAUUUGCGAAAAGCCGGUAUCUUACAGUAGCCAUAAAAGUCGCAAAAGAGGGUGUUCGAGAACGUAUCGCAAUCGAUCUAUCAAUAUUACGAGCAGCCGUUCGAUUGGUGCAAAUAGUGCUGCCUGGAUUAAUGUACGUCGAUCCGGUCUCAUGUUUGAAUCAGUUCGAGGAGGUGCUCAAACUACAAGUUGAUUUGAGGAACGAGGCAAGAGCUUUGAAGCGAUUCAGUAACAAUUUUGACCCGGUGAAAACGGGAGUGCGCUUCCCACAGGUUCUUUGUUACUCGAGAGAUGUGAUUAUUGAAACGCACGAGACUGGAAUUUACAUCAACAGACUGGUUACGGACGAACAUCUGAUGAAAGAGAAGAGUGCAGUGAAGAAGAAAGUUGCAUUAAUUGGAGCUCGGACACUGUUGAAAAUGAUUUUUGUGGAUAACUUCGUGCAUGGCGACCUGCAUCCUGGAAACAUUCUCGUGAGGUUCAUUGUCGGACAUUUUUUACUAAGACACUUUUAA